AUGACGAAGCAGCAGAAACCCCAGCUGAGACUGAAAAGAAGCCAAAAGACAAGAAGGACAAAGAAAAAAAGGAAAAAAAGGACAAAAAGGAAAAAAAAAGAGGCUGAGGACGGAAAGAAACGUAGUAAAGAGAAGGACGGUGAAAAACCCAAAAAGGAGAAAAAGGAGAAGAAGGAGGAUGUUAUUGAGCAUGUUGAUAUACCGAGGGCAUCGAUAGACAAUGUGAGUGCAGACCUUGAUUUGGACAUCCAAUCCCCGUAUAACAGUGUUCAAGAGGAAACAAGGCGAUCUAUUGGCUCAGCCAAUGAGUUGCAUUCUGGUGGUGAACAAAUUGCAAUUGAUGCCUUCAUGCAAGAGGCUGAAGUGGCUGAAGAGGCUGAUGUGGCUGAAGGCUUUGCUCCACAAGUGCAAAUAGACGAAACUGUUGGAGACGGGCAAGAUACAGUUGACGAUGCCACAGCAGAACAAGACGGUGACAAUGGCCACGAUGCAGAAGCCACGGAUGCACUUAGGAGCAAGGAGGACAAGAAGAGCAACAAGGACAAAUCGAAGAAGGUUAAAAAAGACAAGAAAGACAAGAAGGAAAAGAAGGAAGACGAAACAAGGGAUCUUGAUGUGCAGAGGCCAUCGAUUGAUAAUUUCAGUGCAGAUCAGGAUUUGGAUAUUCAAGCACCAGUUGACAGCAUUCAAGAGGACACAAGGCGACCAGCCAGCUCAGCACAAGCAAGUGAUUUGCGCUCUGGUGGUGAAGCAGAUGCCUUCAUGCAAGAGGCUGAAGGGGCUGUCGGAGAUGGACAACAUCAACACCAUGCGAGAGAGGAGCAAGAAGGUGGCACUGGGGAGGAGGGAAAGAAGAGCAAAAAAGACAAAUCAAAAAAAGCGAAGAAAGAGAAGAAGGAAAAAAAGGAGAAACACAUUGAUGAAUCUGAGAACGUUUUGCAGUCGGGUGGCGAAGAAGAGCCAUUGAUGCAAGAGGAGAUUCCGCUCCCAGAAGGUGUAGAUAUUAUGGAUUUGGAAGCAAUUGCGCUGAGAGGCCCUAUCAAGCUGGGUGCUGGCGAUGAUAUCAACAUUCCUGAAAGAGUGAACCAGACACCAAAACGCUUCACGUUGACUGGCAAGGAAAUGGUGCGCAAAUGCACAAGGUGUGACCUUCUUUGGGAUGGCACCGCCAUAGUUUGCCCACACUGUCGAUCUUCGCUCAGCGACAGCAUUUUGCAGGCUUUCAGACGCUAUGAUGUGGAUAGCUCUGGGAGACUGGAUGGGAAGGAGUUGCGCAUGGCAGUCCGCGAGCUUGGAUGGGACACCAAGCAGGACGUUCUCGACAGAUGGGCACGUUUGGGUGGAUUGCAGGGCCUGAGCUUGGCGGAGUUUGAGAAUUUGGUUGCCAGUGGAAAGUUGGGAAAAAAGACCUUCAAGUCUUCGAAGGGUACAGCCAGUCAGGCCGUUCAAGACGAGGAGCGGCAAAUGCUACAAAUGGCAGCAGGUGCCAAUCUCCAGCUUUCCACUGCAGGGAGGCAGGGCAGAAGGAUGGGAUUGAUCCCUGGACAGGACGAGCCUGUUCUUGAAGCUCUUGCUUCUGUGCCUGCAAGCUCGACCAUACCGUUUGGUGAAGGUGAGAGUGUUUUUGCUGAGCUUCCAGCCCAUCGCAAAAUUGAGCUUACCGAAGCCUGGUCGUUCUGGGAUGCUGACCAUUCAGGAUUCUUGGAGCCUUUGGAACUGCUGAGUGCCACAAAAGGCCUGGGCUUCCACUUUCCUAUAGAGAUGAUCAUUUCGGUCUGUGGAAAGCAUGGUGGAGGGAUUGACCAAGAGAACUUUGUGCGUGUGAUGUCAGUUCAAAUCAAACAGCGCGAUCAGGAGCUUGGGCUUUGGGAUGCUUCAGCGGUGGAUUUUGGUGCAGACCUGGAGGAGGAUGACCAUGAACCCAGUACCUUAGCGCAGAAGUGGAAGAAGGAGCUGGCGAAGGCUGAGCUGAACUUGCGACGCACCAGUCCCACUGAUAAAGUAUUUCAAUGGAGAAGUCUACUUUGCACAUCACACGCUACGGUUGGAGAGUACUCCGUAGCUAUCAGGCUUUACUUCGAUCUUGUGCUGCUGCUUGUCAUCGCGUUCGGGGUACUCACCUUCAUGACACUUCCUCUUUUGCUGAUAUGUGGCUCCAGCUCGGGAGGUGGACCUGUGCUGCAGCAGACGGAUGAAGUCAUCAGCACUUUGGCGAGAUUUUCUGUGGGGAACCUGAACAGGUCUCCAGCAGCGGAUGCCACGGUUCACAUCAUGAACGAGUUCAUUGGCUCCAUGGCGCUGCUUUGCGCACUGCUUCUUUUUCGCUUUGUCAUUGUCAAGCGAGCCACCUACAAAACAAAUCCGCAGAACAUCUCCAACCUAGCAGUUCAGGUGCGAGCACUUCCCAAAGAUCUGGGUUACCAUCAUUCGGGCUAUGAAGAGCUGAUACGUGAACACUUCCAAACAGUCGCCUAUGAGCGAGCCGUCAGGAUGGGCACUGCAGAAGAGCUGGAUGAUCAGCCUGUGCGUGAGGCGCUGCAGUCACAGGAACUUCCAGUGGCAGGAAACCGAGGGGCUGUCACUGCCAUGGCCGAAAAGAUGUACGACCGGAUUUGCAACCGCGCUGAUGCCAGGGCCUAUUCGGUUGUAUUGCUGAAUGACUUGAUUGAAGAGCAAAUCCUUCAAAUAGAAACCGAUCGCGCCUUGCAUGCAGCUCAUGGUGGUGCCGUGCCUGCUGUCAACCUAGGCUUGAAGCUGCCCUUCGAGGUGGUGCUUUUGAAGCCUUCCGCCUUUCCUUUGAUUGUAGAACCUACCCAGGAUCCAUCGCUGCAGCUAUGGCAAAACAUGGAUGUGAAGCCUGUAGUCCGCACGGUGAGGAGUUGUAUCAUGGGCUUGGCCGAAGCACUUAGCUUUGAGCCGUGUGUGCAGUGUCAAUGGGCAUGGGAAAGACCAUCGAUGUUUUUGUUUUCUUCUUUUUUUUGUUGCAGUUCGCAACAAUGUGCAUUGUAA